AUGAGUACUACCUACUUCAUAUCACUCGGGAAUACUGGUAGGGAACUGCAAAGUGGUCCCGGUCCCGGUCCCGGUCCCGGUCCCGCGGGACUGGGACCGGGACCGGGACCAAAUUUCUCUAAAUUACCGGGACCGGGACCGGGACCGGGACCAAGACUAAAAUUGUCAGAUAAUUCCUCAAUGUUUUUACCAAGUGCAUCACUGAAAUCUUCAGCAAGUUGCAUCGUUGAUUCCUGCAGUUCUGGUGGUCAAGGUGGCAGUUGUUCAUUAUCAAGCUUAUGUUAUCGUUUUGAUACAUCGAAAAAUAAAACAGUGUGUGCACCUGCAGCAAACUGUUCAUUGUUCGACGCUUGUUCGAGCACAAAAACAUGUGCGUCGAAUAACUCUGUUUGUGUCAUCAACAGCUGCUGUUUAACACCUAUCUGUAUGCCUACUGCUAUGACAGCCGUAUGUUCAUCAAUAAGUAAUGCAACUACGAAUUCGACAAGUUCAGGAACAUCCACAAUAGGUACGUAG